AUGGCUACAGCGUCAUCUACCUCCGACGUUCCCUCAAAGCAGAACGGUGGCACGGGUACGUCUUUGGAUGUAUCAGUUCUGAGAGAGCUGGCGAAAAAAGGUCUCGUCGACGCCCUUAAUUCUGUGAAUGGUGCCAAGACGCUCGUUCUUGACCCGACGUUGGCAGGGCCGCUUGGGCUCGUGACGGAGGUUUCGUUACUCAAGCAUCAUGGUGUGGACAAGAUGUUCUGGCUCGAAUCGGGACCUUUAACUGCUGCCACAACCAAUAUCGUGUACUUAUGUCGGCCACUCGUCAAGUGGGUGAAGAUAAUAGCUGAUCAGCUAAAGCGGCUUGCGCGAGAGCCUUCGAAACACACCUAUACGUUGCUACUGGUUCCUCGAAUGUCCACGCUCGUAACCCGGAUAUUGGAGGAGGAGGGUGUACUUGGCGACAUUACCAUCUCAUCCUACAACCUGCAGUUCAUCCCUUUGGCCGAUGAUGUUGUUUCACUCGAGUUGGAUAACGCAUUCAAGGAUAUGUGGGUGGAUGGUGACGAGACAACGAUUUACGAUUCUAUGCAAGCCCUCAUGACUUUGCAGAAGCUGUAUGGCACAUUCCCCCGCGUCAUGGGUAAGGGCGACUACGCUUGCCGUCUGACGAGCCUUCUUACUCGGCAAGCUCAAGACGUUUCAGAUAGUAAUACUAACAUGCUGAACGCGGGGUCUGGCCGACUGGAUUCAUUAAUCGUAAUUGACCGUGGAGUAGACAUGAUCACACCUUUACUGACCCAACUCACAUACGAGGGGCUCAUUGAUGAGUUGUGCCGGAUUCGAAAUUCGCAUGUCGAGAUUCCAGUGUCGCUGCUUGCUGCGCCAACUGUUCCCGCACAGCAAGAUGCCGCUGGAUCGUCUAGUACUACAGCCCCACCGGCCCCUGGAUCGUCACUGACAAAGGAAAAACGGAAGAAGCACCAUCUCACAACUACGACUGAUCCUCUUCUUGCUGAACUACGGGAUCUCAACUUCUCUUCAGUGGGCCGCAAGCUUAACCAGGUCGCCCGCCGUCUGGACGAGGAUUACAAGCUUAGGCAUCAAGCAAAGACGGUUGCGCAGCUGAGAGACUUUGUCGGCAAAUUAGGUGGACUACAGUCUGACCAUCAAUCUUUAAGACUUCACACUGGGCUUUCAGAGUUACUUGUCCCCCUCACUCGGACAGAACAAUUCAACAAAUCACUUGAAAUUCAGCAAAAUCUUCUCGCUUCCUAUGAUAUUUCGGCGCAGCUCACUGCCAUCGAAGAGAUGAUUGCCCAAGGCGCUGAAAUGCAAAUAGUAGUUCGACUGCUAUGCUUAGCUAGCGUUACUGCUGGUGGAAUCAAGCUUAAGACUCUCGAGAACCUUAGACGGGAAAUUUUACAGGCAUAUGGAUACAACUUGCUACCUCUGCUUCUCUCGUUAUCAUCACCUCCGCUCUCUAUCCUGGUUCCCAACCCCCUUCCGCCUUCGACACUAAUCUCAGCGGCAGCGUCCAAAUAUCCAUACACUUCCCUCCGGAAGUCUCUUCGUCUGCUCCUCGAUGACCAGGAUAGUGUGGAUGACCUGGAAAACGAUAUAAGCUACGUCUAUUCUGGCUAUGCGCCCAUCAGUAUUCGGCUCGUGCAGUGUGUUGCGCAGAAGGGUGGCGUGCUGAGCAAUCCUUCCGGAGACAAGGAGAAGAAGCCGAAGGACAACGCGGACGCAGAUACAGGCAAGGUGCAAUCUGUCAGCAAGGUCCAGGCGCAUCCGAUUGUCGGGUGGAAAGGGUUCGAAGACGUUGUGGCCAGUAUACCCGGGGGUACUACGGAUAUUGUGCAGAAGGUACCUGGAGGAGUGCACGGCGCUGUGCCAGCGACAGUGCCAUUGCUAAAAGAUCAGCCCACGACAACCGUGGUCUUCUUCCUUGGUGGUUGUACGUACACUGAGAUUGCCGCACUCAGAUGGGUUGGCCGGCAAAGCCGAGGGAGGAAUUUCCUGAUAGCUACGACAGGUAUCGUGAACGGCGCGAGCUUGGUAGAGAGCCUUGCAAGCAUUGAGCGUGCCUCAGCGUCAGGACAGUCGAAAGACGCAGCACUUUUAUAA